AUGUCCAUGCAGGCAUUGCAGCUGGGCAGCGUGGGGCCAGCUCUGCAGAGCAGCCCAGGCACCAGCAGCAGCGGAGGGAGCACCGAGGACAUCCCCUCCGCUGUCAGAGCCAAGGACCUGGCGGGAAACGUCCAGCAGAAGAUUUUGCUGGAUUACAGCACCUACAUGGCCCGCGUCGUGCCGGCGGAGGCGGGGGGCAGCCCGGCGCGCAGUCCCUCGCAGGGCACGCCGGACAGCCCCGCAGCCCCACAGCUCUUCACCCGGGAUUCCCAUCCCCGGUGGGUGCUCCUGAGAGGCGGCCGGCGGGUGCCGAAGUCGGCCCUGCGGGAGGGAGGGAGGACUGGGCCGAGGGCGGCUCCGGUGCUCGCCCUGCUGCUGAGCUGCAGGUUCCCUCGGUUUAGCCACGUCAGUGGCAACAGCACGAGCCGGAAGAUCCUGCGCUUUGUGGACAAGAUCGCCAAGUCCAAGUACUUCCAGAAGGCCACUGAAAAUGAGUUCAUCAAAAAGAAGAUCGAGGAAGUUUCCAACACGCCGCUGCUCCUGACCGUAGAGGUGCAGGAGCUGGCAGGCACCUUGGCUGUGAACGUCCCUCCGCCGCCAACGGACCGUGUGUGGUACAGCUUCCGGGUCCCGCCACAGCUGGAGCUGAAGGUGCACCCAAAGCUGGGCGAACGGGAAGUGACGUUCCUCCACGUCACUGAGUGGAUUGAGAAGAAACUACAGCAUGAAUUUCAGAAAAUUUUGGUGAUGCCAAACAUGGAUGAUCUCAUCAUUCCCAUCAUGCACUCUGGCCUGGAUCCUCAGCCACCUGCUGUGGGACUCCCCAGGGACCUACCAGCCAAGGAGGAAAAGAGGCUCUGAGGCUCAGCCCUGCUAGCAGG